AUGCUACCUCAAACUGGGUGUAGUUUGCCUCAACCAGGACUUAGUAUUGCCUCUCCACUAUUUAGUGGUUCAUCUACCUAUGUUUGUCCUUUGAACUCUUCAUCUCCUGAUGUUCUAGAGAAAGACUAUCAAAUUGUUACGUAUGAAGAACUUGAAAAGUUGCUACCGGAACCCAAACCAACAAGUCGUGUUGAAUUGGGUUUGCUACCAAAUGGGUGUGCGUAUGCUCCUAAAACCGCCAGUCGAGAGAAUUAUUUGUUGUUUGCAUCGAAGUAUAGUUACAUAUUAUAUUUCACACAUCAUUACUUUUCACGAGAAAACUUAUGUCGUGACCAGACAUUCUUGAACAUGCUUGUUGAUCGAUUGAUUUUGCCGAUAGAGAAACUAAUCAAAGCACCACGUUUAGCAGCAUUGAAUACCACUCACGAAGAAGUGGAGCAAGCACUACUUGGUAGUAAAAUCGUCUGCGUUGAAGAUAUGAAUGCAGGAAUGCGCGGUGUUCGCCGAAUCGAUGGUUAUCCGGGGUGGUCGGUAAAUCCAGAUGGUGUAACACAUGUGCAGCCUCUUCCCGAUAACCCUCAAAAUCUGACCUCUUUAAUGCGCUCAUUCACUCUCCAUUCUCCUUACCCCAUUAGUCGAGAGAUUUCAAGUAACUCACAGCCUGUGAUAAUGACGUCUGCUGGUUUUGAAAAUUUCAGACGAGAUAGUAUCGAAUUAAAUAGAGAGGAAGUGAAAAGAAGUGCUUUGAUCCAGACUCCUGUAAUAACAAAUGUUUGCACGAUGCCUGCAUCGCAAAGCCCAUUACCUGUCCCAAUUUUAUCUCCCAUAUGUGAUCCUAAUAGCUCAAGCGGCCAACUACUUGGCUAUAGUAAUGCAACAAGUUAUUCAGUACCAUACGAUGGUGAUAUGUUGCAAUGGGCAUUGCAAAAUUCUUUGAAACAGAAUAACCCUUAUUCCCCUGUCGCGCAUGUUUUGGUUCCUCAUCCAGUUAACCAUCCGAGUGCCAUGCAACUCAACAAAAGCCAGUCUUUAGGAUGUUAUUUCCACCCUCAUGCGAUCCUUCCAACUUUCAACAGUACACAAUCAGGUGACUUGCGAAGUGUGGGGACAUUGCCAAUAAGGGGUCAACCACCUCUGUCAAGUUUUUGCAUACCUCAAACUCCAAAUGUAACAGAUUCUUACCGUGCCGCUUAUCCAAUACCUGAAACUAAUGAUGCUAGUCAACCCUUUAACCAGGCUGUGGCAGUAGCUUUAGCAUCCAUGAGCGCUAAUAGCAGAAAUCAUGUUAAUGUGCACCAGCGGGCGCUGCACUCACAUUUUUCGAAUCAGUUAAUUACUAAUUCAUCUAACAUUGGCUCGAUUGGAACCAAUCAACAGCAACCAAUGAGUCACCUUCAUGCGUUAGCUACUAUGUCUGCUGCAGCUCAUCAUCAAAAUGUAUCUCCUUCAUGUAUUCUUAAUUCCAUAACACGAACUCCUUUUCGCAUGUCCACUCCACUGCCGCUGCCUGUGUACUACGCCGCCUCACAAAUACCUUUUCAAACUGUUAUUCCACAGAACGCCUUCAAUCAAUUACACAGUACAGUUCACCCCAUGCACAAUUACAUUUAUCGGGCUGUAGAUAAAAUUGGAAGCUGUGAAUCAUCAGAUAUUUUAAAGUUAGACAGUAAUUGUAGUCUAUCUGUACCGAAUUUAACUCAGCGUACAAACAAGUCUAUGUGCCCCCUAUUCUUGCUGCCAGCUUUGCAAAUACAAAAAAAUAAGUCACAUGCACCAAAUUUAAACACCAGUGAGUUGCAGAUACCUUCAGCAAGACGAGCCGCCAGUUCAGCAGGACUGACGUCUAUUCAUACCUCUUCCAAAGCAGUUAACGCACGUGGAAACAUGUCAGGUGCAGGCACUCCUGCUUUUACUUCCCCCCUCCCUAAGACCAACUUCCCUGCAACAAAAUUAACUGUUGGCGAUACUACAGAGAAUGUAUUUGACGUAACUAGAAAUACCAUAUCAGAUAGAAGACCCGUCUUGCCAGUCACCACGUCAUCCAAUGAGAGUCCGUAUGGCAUAGUUAUCAGUAAAGACGAUUCCGGUAGAACUUGCAAACAGGUUGACAACGUGACUUCACCUGGUUCGGUUCAUGAUUCUGAAGACUCAGUUAGUUCUGGAAUAGGUGAUAUGACUGCCGCUACUGCAAACCAGAAUGACAGCCAGAACAAUUCGCGUACGGCAACGCGCAUAGUUGCAAAAUGUAAAUACACGCGGGACAAGUCAUCAUCACAAAUCAAAGGAAAAAUGACAAGGAUGUGA